UUACUGGUCAUUUGUCUGAUGAAAGAUACAAGUAACAGAUUUGAUGGCUACAAGACUCAACCAAUAGGUCGUUUGUAUGUCUACUAUGUAGAUGAAUACUCACGUGUGAGAUUUAAAAGAGCAUUAGAAACAUGUAGUAGUGACUUUCAGCCUGUUCAUCUUCCAAAAGGUUUAGGAUCAAUGGUCGACUUUGAAGUCAAUGAAUCUGUAGCGGAGGAAGUCGUUGCUGCUACAAAUUAUUUAGAGACAGAAGAGCAAGUCUUGUUGUCUCAACUCAGUGACAUUUGUAUAAUAUUGACUGGCAGUACGAAGACUGAGCUGUCACCAUUUGAAUGGGAAACAGUGCAGACACGCAGAGUUGAAUCAGAUGACAGAGCUGAAGGAGAGAGAUUAGAUGGGUAUCGCAACUGGUAUGUGACGCCACAAGAGAUUAUUGUUCCGGCUCGUUCUAAGACUGUUUUGCCGCGUGAAACAAAGGUUCACCUGUUUAGUAAAUCCGAUCGUCUAUUAAGAUUUAAUAUUUUCUGGCCAAAGCAGCUCUUAACUGUCUCGCCAGACAAAGGAUUCGUUGAACCACAGUGCUCAAACUCUAAAACUGUGGAAGCAUGUGGGAUUAAGAUAAUUAUUUUGCUUUUUAGGCAUCGCGUGACUAUUCUCGUGUCUCAUCGAAUUGGGAGCAUGAAACACCAGCUACCCUGGUUGGGUAGUAUGACCAUCUACUGUGAUGGCUUGUAUGAGGCUAUUCGUGUCCAAGUUAGACGAGGUCUCAUUGUUGACUCGCCUGUACAAGCUGCAGGGACGGCCUUGAAGUCAAUAGAAAACAAACGAUUGUCAGAGGAGUUACCUUCUGUUGAAAAACAAGGAAUUCUAGGAAAGACGAAACAGUCAGAUGACACCAGAAAAGAGAAGUGUAACACAGUGAGACGUGUGCAGAGAGUGGUUGUCGAAGAGACCGAAGUAAUGACCAAUAAAGCUACGAUGGUAGACGUUGAUCUAGAAGUGGCAGAGCGAGUGGAGUGGAGGCUGUGGUCUGUAGUACCUGUAUAUGUCAAAGUGGAGGACAGCGAUAAUUUAAUGCGUGCAACAUACGCUGUAUUUCACUUCAGCCACACCUCGGGGUCUUGUGCCGGAGGAGAUAAAUUGAAGCUACUGGUGUCUUUCCGACCUCGAGGAGUAGGAGUCUACUCACAAACAUGGGAACUGGAGUAUGGCAACAAGAAGUCACCAUGGAAGAACAAGUGUAGACUGUGGCUUGCACUUAGUGGCUUGGGAGUACCGUCUCGGCUGAAAGUUGCUUCAGGACAUGGUGUGUCGAACGGGAAUGGCAUUGCACCUCAUACAGAAAAAGGUCGAGUUCUCUCUGCUCCUCAAGGGCUUAUGUACUCAAAAGCGUCACGUGUGGAGUUUUCGCAUGUCCAAACAAGAGAGGUCCAGAUAAAAGUGGGAAAUCGGUCAAGAGACGAUGAUUUGGUAAUCAUGGCCUAUUGUACGCCUCCUUUCAAGCCGUCUCAUGACUGUUUUAUUGUGAGAUCUCGACGAUAUGUCCAACUAGGCAUUCUGUAUUUACCUGAUAAACCAACACAAGCUUGUGAGGGUCUUCUUCAUCUGAGACUGAAAGACAUGCCAUCAGAGCUACUUCAAGUACAACUGAAAGUAAGGGGCAAGUGAUACACGGCACUCAACCUUCACUGCAAACUCUAAAAAAGGGAUAAGUGAGCCACAAACUAAAAAAUCACUCAAUUCAUGAAACUGUAUGUAGUGAGAUUAUCUGAGUAAUUAGUAAAAGGAAUAACUGUUAAUAUUAAUCCCGAUAGAUUUUCACUUCAAAUAGGUAUUUAUUGUGUACAUGCACAUGCUAUGGAAAUUACUGUUUAAUUUUCAUUGGGGAGAACUCUGUACUUUUAAUUGCUGUAUCUGUUGAUAUGAUAGCUACACUUUGCAAGUGCUGCAGCUGUAUACAAAAUAUAAACGUUUUUGUAAAGAGAGAAUUUGUGGAAAAAGUGAAUUGGAAUU